CACAAGCGCUUCAACCAGUUAAGCUUUAUUACACCUUCAAAACAAUGGCAGCCACCGACGCAGUAACCUCAAAAGAACUCCUGGAAGCCCAAUCUCACCUCUGGAACCACAUCUUCAGCUUCAUCAACUCCCUCUCUCUAAAAUGCGCCCUCGAGCUCGGCCUCUUCGACGCCAUCAACAACUACAAGAAACCCAUCCCCCUCAAUGAACUCGCCAAAACCCUCUCCAUCCCUGACGCCCGCCUCCAAAACUUUGAGCGCUUCCUCCGCCUCUUGGUCCACAACGGCUUCCUGAGCCAGACCAGUACUGAUGCAAGUAUAGACAGUUACAUCCUAACAACAAACUCUGCCCCGUUAAUAAAAGAAAAGGGCCAGUCCGUAACCCCCUUCAUUGAGCUCAUGCUCGACGAAACCCUUCUAAACCCUUGGCAAUCCCUAAGCGCAUGGUUCAAGACGGAGACCCCCUCAACGGCGUUUGAGAUGUUCCAUGGGACGUUUAUAUGGGAGGCCACGGGCAAAACGCCCGAGUUUGGGAAAUUGAUGAGAGAAGGAUGUGGCAGUGAUUCCCAGUCGAUUAUAAAAGUGAUUAUGGAGGACUGUGGGGAAUUGUUUGAAGGGGUGAAGAGCCUUGUGGAGGUCGCCGGAGGAACCGGGACGAUGACGUUGAGGAUCAAGGAGAAGUUUCCGGAGGUUAAGUGUACGGUGUUGGAUUUGCCGCACAUGAUUAAUGCGAUGGAGAAGAGCGACCAGGUUGAGUAUGUUGCUGGGGACAUGUUUAAGUUUAUCCCGCCGGCGGAUAUGCUUAUUCUCAAGUGGGUAUGCCACGGAUGGAGCGAUGAGGCAUGCAUUACCCUACUGAAGCGAUGCAAGGAGGCGAUUCCGACUCAAGAGAAUGGAGGCAAAGCGAUCAUCAUCGACAAAGUGAUGAACACUACAGACGGAGUUCACCCGAAGCUCACCGAGACUCAGCUUCACUUUGACAUCCACGUGAUGGUUCACACCACAGGGAAGCAGAGGACUGAAAAGGAAUGGAAGAAGCUGUUUGAUGAAGCUGGAUUCAAGGGGUACAAGAUAAUUCCUGCGCUUGGAUUGCGCUCUAUUAUUGAGAUCUAUCACUAAACGGUAUCAUAUAUGGUGUGAUUGUACAAUUAUGCUUGGUGUUGAGAAAGAGAGUUUGACGCUGUUAUUUGUUGUUUGGUUGUGUUUUGUUGUAGAUUUGCUGCAUAAGUUAUCGGUGUAAUGUAUGGAGCUCUCGUAGUGUAUCUUACUGGUUCCCCAGUAAAAUAAAGGCUCCAGCUCUAUGUAUGCUGGGCUUGUGUUAUCUGGGACCCUUUCUAAGAUAUUAUUAGGAAGCAAAUUAUGAGAUAUAGAUUGUAAUCCCAUACUAUGUAAAUAUGUAUUUCCAGCAGCCUGUUUUUUUCUGUA